AUGCCCGACGCCCAGUUUCCACAGUUCCAGCGUCUACCGCGCGAGCUCCAGCUAAUGAUCUGGAGAGAGGGCCACCCAAGAUAUCGCCACUACUUCUGUCUCUUAACCGCUCAGAGUAGAAGGGGCGGUCGCCACCAAGGUCUCAGGUUAUACAGAGCUAUUAAUUUAAAGACAGGGCUUGACACCGGCCGCCUCUGCCGCCGUAGUAGCCCGGAUAGACUGUCAGAUAUCAUCGACCUCGGCGAUGGCACACAUCCUGAGAAGGUCAGACUAACAGGUCGCAUAAACACACUUCCAGGCCAGAGAUAUCACAGUCUGUUUGAAAUAUUUCGCGGCUGUGCCUGGGGCAGUGGUAGGCCCAUGGAUGCACACCCAAGCCCCGCUUUUGUCUACAUGAAUUUUACACAGGACGUGUUUUUCUUUGAUUGUAGUAACUUGGGCUGUUUCCAAUAUUUAAAAUCCAAGCCUCUCAAUUAUUCUUCUCCGCCACCGCCAGAUGAUCAUUUUUUCUUCAACCUUCAAAAACUUGCCCUCCUUUUUAAGUCUGACCCAGAUGGACAGGUCGGCCAGAUGUCCAUCGAUCGGUUGCUGAACUUUGAGUCCAAUGUUCUUAGCAGAGCUAAGUCAUUGAAACUCGUGUAUGUCGUGGUCGAGCAUGACUGGGAUUGCGAAAUCAGCAAGUCGGCUGGAUUCGACUGGAACGAAGAUGGUUUCGUCCCCUAUGAUCAAUUCGCUUCAGCUCACCACUCAUGCUCUGAUCCUUCCGCCUGCAGCUGCUACGCUGAGUGCUCCUGCCGUAUAGGCUGCCGCUACACCUACACGGAGGGUUUAAAGCCUUACAAGUGCUAUCACAACAAAACUCAACCGGUCCCCGAGCUCGUGCGAAGCCGACUACUGGAGAACGAAUUCAAGUAUUUUGAGACGAAGCCUGACAUACAGAUUGUGGCUGAGCGCCGACUUCUUUGGGAGUAA